GUGUGGUGGGAAGCUCUGCUUGCAGUCCCCUGGCUGCGGCGGGGCAGGGUUUCCCUGGACGAGUCUCCCUUCAGCGAGGCUUCGCUAUGGCCGGCCCCGGCCCCGGCGCGGCGCUUGAGUCCCCGCGGCAGCUCCUGGGUCGCGUGCGCUUCCUGGCGGAGGCGGCGCGGAGCCUCCGGGCCGGGCUGCCCCUGCCCGCGGCGCUAGCUUUCGUGCCGCGGGAGGUGCUCUACAAGCUGUACAAGGACCCGGCGGGACCGUCGCGCGUGCUGCUGCCCGUGUGGGAGGCAGAGGGCCUGGGGCUGCGUGUGGGUGCCGCGGGCCCUGCCCCGGGCACAGGCUCUGGACCCCUGCGCGCCGCCCGUGACAGUAUCGAGCUCCGGCGCGGCGCCUGUGUGCGCACCACCGGCGAGGAGCUGUGCAAUGGCCACGGGCUCUGGGUGAAGUUGACCAAGGAGCAGCUGGCCGAACACCUGAGUGACUGUAGUCUCGACGAAGGUUGGCUUCUAGUGUGUCGACCAGCAGAGGGCGGAGCCCGCCUCGUACCUAUCGACACUCCCGACCACCUGCAGCGGCAGCAGCAGCUGUUUGGCGUGGACUACCGGCCGGUGCUCAGAUGGGAACAGGUAGUAGACCUGACCUACUCACAUCGCCUGGGGUCCAGGCCUCAGCCGGCAGAGGCCUACACGGAGGCUAUACAAAGGCUACUCUAUGUGCCCCCAACAUGGACAUAUGAGUGCGACGAGGACCUGAUCCACUUCUUAUAUGACCACCUGGGCAAAGAAGAUGAGAACCUGGGUAGUGUGAAGCAGUAUGUGGAGAGCAUCGAUGUUUCUUCCUAUACGGAGGAGUUCAAUGUGUCCUGCCUGACAGAUAGCAAUGCAGAUACCUACUGGGAGAGUGAUGGGUCCCAGUGCCAACACUGGGUACGGCUUACCAUGAAGAAAGGCACAAUUGUCAAGAAGCUGCUACUCACAGUGGAUACCACAGAUGACAAUUUCAUGCCGAAGCGGGUAGUGGUCUAUGGGGGUGAAGGGGACAACCUGAAGAAGCUGAGUGACGUGAACAUUGACGAGACCCUGAUUGGGGAUGUCUGUGUAUUAGAGGACAUGACCGUCCACCUUCCAAUCAUUGAGAUCCGAAUCGUUGAGUGUCGAGAUGAUGGGAUUGAUGUCCGUCUUCGAGGGGUAAAGAUCAAGUCAUCUAGACAGCGGGAGCUAGGGCUGAACGCAGACCUGUUCCAGCCAGCCAGUCUGGUGCGAUAUCCACGCCUGGAAGGCACUGACCCAGAAGUACUGUACCGCAGAGCUGUCCUUCUGCAGAGAUUCAUCAAAAUCCUGGACAGUGUCCUGCACCACCUGGUACCUGCAUGGGACCACACACUGGGCACCUUCAGUGAGAUUAAGCAAGUGAAACAGUUCCUACUGUUGUCACGCCAGCGGCCCAGCCUGGUAGCACAGUGCCUGCGCGAUUCAGAAAGCAGCAAGCCCAGCUUCAUGCCGAGGCUGUACAUCAACCGCCGCCUUGCCAUGGAACACCGUGCCUGCCCUUCUCGGGACCCUGCCUGCAAGAAUGCAGUCUUCACCCAGGUUUAUGAAGGCCUCAAGCCUUCUGACAAGUAUGAGAAACCCUUGGACUACAGGUGGCCCAUGCGCUAUGACCAGUGGUGGGAAUGUAAAUUCAUUGCGGAAGGGAUCAUUGACCAAGGAGGUGGCUUCCGUGACAGCCUGGCAGAUAUGUCAGAAGAGCUGUGCCCCAGCUCAGCUGACACCCCUGUGCCUCUGCCCUUCUUUGUGCGCACUGCGAACCAGGGCAAUGGCACUGGUGAGGCCCGUGACAUGUAUGUGCCAAAUCCCUCUUGCCGAGACUUUGCCAAGUAUGAGUGGAUUGGACAGUUGAUGGGGGCUGCCCUUCGGGGUAAGGAGUUCCUGGUCCUGGCCCUGCCUGGGUUCGUGUGGAAGCAGCUGUCUGGAGAGGAGGUGAGCUGGAGCAAGGACUUCCCAGCUGUGGACUCCGUGCUGGUGAAGCUCCUGGAAGUGAUGGAAGGAGUGGACAAGGAGACGUUUGAGUUCAAGUUUGGGAAGGAGCUGACAUUCACCACCGUCCUGAGUGACCAACAGGUCGUGGAGCUGAUUCCUGGGGGCACGGGCAUCGUGGUGGAAUAUGAGGACCGCUCCCGUUUCAUCCAGCUGGUGCGGAAGGCGCGGCUAGAGGAGAGCAAGGAGCAGGUGGCAGCCAUGCAGGCAGGUCUGCUGAAGGUGGUACCGCAGGCUGUGCUGGACUUACUGACCUGGCAAGAGUUGGAAAAGAAGGUGUGUGGGGAUCCAGAGGUCACUGUGGAUGCUCUGCGCAAGCUCACUCGAUUUGAGGACUUCGAACCAUCUGACACACGAGUGCAGUACUUUUGGGAGGCUCUGAACAAUUUCACCAAUGAGGACCGGAGCCGCUUCCUACGCUUUGUCACUGGCCGCAGCCGCCUCCCUGCUCGGAUCUACAUCUACCCGGACAAACUGGGCUAUGAGACCACAGACGCCCUGCCUGAGUCUUCCACCUGCUCCAGCACGCUCUUCCUCCCACACUAUGCCAGUGCCAAGGUAUGCGAGGAGAAGCUCCGCUACGCCGCGUACAACUGUGUGGCCAUCGACACGGACAUGAGCCCCUGGGAGGAGUGAGGCUGUGCCUAAGCACGUCCUGCUGCCCUCACCCAGGCCAGCCCGGUUUGGGUCUCUACAGAGGUGAUGGGUUCAGAACUGUCAGCACAGUGGGCCCUGUACCUGAAUAUGGUCUGGUCGCAGAGGGAGGCGUGAGUUGACACUGACGCUCCAGUCCCCACAGACCCGCGAACCCUACUGUGCUGGGGCUUGCUUCCGUAGGUGUUUAACCUCGGUGAGAGGGAAUCGUCCACAAGCCCAGCACACGCUGCCAGGCCUGAGCUACUUGAAGGGGGCGAUCUAGCUCUCCAGCCCAUGGACUAUGUUUUGGUUUCCCCCAUUCCUCUUUUUCUUCUAGCUUCAGCCAUGGCUCCAAAUGUUUAAAAAAUGCUAGAAUGGUACUUUGAGCAAGGUGCCAAGGACAGAGUGAGGUUAUCUUCCUUGGUCACGGGUCCCUAAGAAAGAAGCCCCAGUUGAGUACCCAUCCGGUACAUACUAGCCUUCUUCCUUCCAUAGCAGAGGUGUGUGAGCUUGUUCUUCAGGGGCUUGGCAAGGACAUCCGCUCAAUACUCAGUCUUUACCAGCAGCCAAACUACUAUCUUCUGGAUCAUAUCCAGCCCAACCCCAGAUCUGCUCCUUCACCGCAAGAUUUCACAGCUGAGGGUCCUCCUGUCCUCUCUGAAAUGUCAGUGGUUACUGUUCCCACACUCGAAAAUAAGCCUAGAUGUUAAGCUUACUCUGAGGGCUGUGCACACCCUUCCACGCCCUCAAGAGCCUCCAUGACACUCCUGUAGGGCGUCUUACAUUGGGGAAAUUGAAUAAAUGGAGAAAUUCAUUUCUUUAGAAUGUGCUUUUGGGAUCCCUGCUAAUCUCCUGGCACUCCUAGGAAAUCGCUGUGUCCCAGAAGGAGCGCUGGGGCUGCCGCCCUACGAUAACAGGGGUGUGCGCCCGACAGGAGAGGUAGGCUUUACAGUGGUACGUCAGGAGCCUAGCCUGGGAAUGAGAGCUCAGAACAGGACGAAGGCUGGGGUUUGAGGCGAUUGUGGGAUUCAGAGCCCAGAAGCAGGUGAGCAGGAUGACGGCACGUGGAGGGUGAAGCUGGGAUAGCUGACGAGCACCCAGAUCCGGAUACACUAGAGAGCACUUGUCUGCCCCCAGGUGCCACAAAUCUAAGGUCCAGAGACUCUAGCCCUGUCUUACCCCGAGUACUCCCCCAGAACCACAAUGCACUGCACAGUCAUCUUGGUAUCCUGGUACAGUGUAAACAGUCAGUUGCCCAUCAAAGCAGACUGCACCCUAAAAAGCUUUCCUAAUAUGUUCUCUUCAGCUCACACUGCUAUCGAGAAAGCCUCUUCACAUGGCUGUGUGUGUACCCAGACCUAUCUCUCCCACACGCUGAGCUCCUGGGGCAGCCCCGACCUCCCAUGCACUUUGGGGGGCCCACAGGAGGCAUACACGAACACCCUCCCAGGGAGCCCCAGCAACUGCACACACACCCACCAAGCUCUGCUUCUCAGAAAGCUCCCCUGGCUCCGUUGGGGAAGGAGCACCUUCUGUAGUGUCUGGGAAGGGCCUUCGCUGCAGGGGCUGCGGGGUGCAGUUUGUUUCUAUGCCCGCACACAUGUCCUUAAUGCCUCUUUUGCACCACAUUUUGCAGCUUGCUUUGCAUUCACUUAUUCAUUUAGAGAUGAAGUGUGGAGUACAGAUGUCAGGCACCAGCCGUAAAGCACCGAGGCAAAGUCAGGGAUUGCUCCAGAGCACACACUCCCCACGGAAGCUUGCUACAUCUUUCUCAUUAAGUAGUGGUGUAGAUAGAGCAAGUGUCUUCUUGGUGAUGAAUUAUCAUACUUCUAAGUGGAUCCACUGAAAUAUUUUAUUCUCUAUUAAAAUUUUAUUUUUAAAAUC